AUGGAUUACAACGAAUGUCUGAUGUCAUACUACGUAUAUAAAGCAAGAAAUUAUUUCGAUACGUUCUUGAACGAGAGUUGCGACAAGACGGCAGCCUCAAAAACGCCAUCGUCGACGAUUGAGAACCACACAAACACGUCGACAGCCACUUCCACGUCAACAGCUUCCAACUCUGAAGGAAGUUCUAACCAAGACGACAGUGGCCUCUAUAGCAGGACUGAUGAGAGCCUGAAGACGGAUGACAGUCUCGAUCAGGAGUUAACUGACCACUACCACCUGCCAACUCAUUAUGACCACUUCGAACCGAGCAGCGACGAAAACAACAACAACAACAACUACAGACAGUUACUCAACUCCAACGUUGAUCAUAUGCAGUCUUUCAACAAUUACAGCAAUGAUAACAUCACCAACGCUACAAAUUACUUUUUGUACGAGUUGUCUCGCAUUUUGGCUCCUCCUAUCGACAGCGAAGUCUUCAAUAGCGAACGUUCACUCAGCGACAUCCAUCAGUCGAUAUGUUUGCCGAGAAAGAAACGUUUAGUUCCUAAAAUGGGAACCAGGAUAGCAAAGAAUAACAACGAAGUUAUUCCGCACAACAGCUUCGACAACAACCUGAACCACAAUGAACGACUUGAUAAGGAAUGUCUCGAUUCAAGUGACUACUCAAUUUGGUUGAGGCAGUCUAAGAUGGACUUAUCUAUUGAUGCAUUGGGGUUUUCCAAACUGAUAGAUAAAAAUGAAACCUCCAACUUUUCAUUAGACAGCGAUACCAAAUCAUAUUCAUCAUCCAAGUCCAGUUUAACAGAUCAUUCAAAAGAUUCGUUCAACAAAAAUUUUUCCAUCAACAGCAUCAACUCAACAGCAACAAACUUACAACAAACACUACCAGCCACCAGCUUCAACAUCGACAACAAUAUUUGCCACAACGACAACAACAAAAACAAUCUCAUAAACAAAAGUACAACAGUCUGUAGCAGGUUCAACAUAGAAAACAAUUCUAGUCGCAACAACAACAAAUCAAUAUCUGCAUUUUUAAAGAGCAAAUUAUCUUCUAGCCACAGCACUAACACGACAUCCUGCAGCAACGACACAGACGUUAAAAAGUCCAAUUGUGUCGACCGUAAUGUAAGCAAGAGUAACAACUACAACAACAGUUGCAGCAACAACAACAACAGUUGCAGCAGCAACAACAACAGUUGCAGUAACAAACCACAUAAACAAAAUAAUAAAAGCAAGGAAGCCAGCUUACCAUUUUUGAUAAAAUGUUUACAACCUUGUGAAAAACAGUCAAAAAGCAGCACUAUAUACAAGCAAAGUGUGAGCAACGUCAACAACAUUAACAACGACAUAAACAACAACACAACAAAUUUUUCUAACAAAGUCAGCAGCUAUAACAAUAACUUUCUUAAUAAUAAUCCCAACGGUUAUAAAAUAAUUAGCAACAACCACAAUAUAUCAAGUAACACUCCAAUGAAUAGUCCCAGUGUUAGCACUCAACCGAAUUUUCACUCCAAUCUCAACAAUCGUAAAGUAAACAACAAAAAUGUAAGUUUCCGACUAUCCAACAUAAGCGAAAAUAUUGACGAUGACAAUUACAUGCGCCUUUUAAAUGUAACUCAGAGUGACAACAGAAAAACGAUCAAAUGUCCCACCAACAACAGCAACAGCAGUGACACUCGUGACCAGCCCAACCACAACAACAACAAUGAAUCACUUUCAGAAUACGUCAUAAACAACAGCAACGUUGAUGCGAGAAGUAAAGAGGGCACUGCAAAAAGCUCUAAACUUGUGGCAUCUUACGAACUACUCAAAAAGUUGUAUUCGCAGCAUCUAGAUGUCAUGUACACGAAUGAAGCCAAUCUGGAACACACCAUGAUGAUUCAACAAAAAUUAUUCACCCAACAAAUCGAACUUUUGAAGAAAGCAAAGAAAAACAAAUCCCAUCAACCGCCCACUCACGCACCUAACGAACAAACAACACAAACAACGACUGAUAAAAAAACCUGCACCGUUUCAACGAGAGCCAACGAUGUUAACGCAUCCAAUCCAAACGAUCAGCACAAACCCUCAGUUGAAAUGGAGUGGGUUGUUAAACGAAGAUCCGAUGGGUCAAGGUACAUAACAAGACGACCAAUCAAGAGUCAGAAACAUAAAAGGAGGUUGAACAAGAAAACUGAAGACUUGAAGGACCUGACAACGGAUGAUGACGCAAACCAUGAGAUGAUGGUAGCUGGCAGGUACUGGACGCGUGAGGAAAGGAAGGAGCAAGUGAGAGAGAGAAGAAACAAACUUAAAAACAAAAUGGAAACAGUGAAGGAAGUUUCUGACAGCAACCAGCCCGAGAAACAACAGCACCAACAACCCCUCGAAAAACAGGGAAGUGUAGAACCAACCCAGCAUAAGACACAUGAACCGCACAAACUACACAACAUCAUGACGGAAAGUAGAAGACUAGAUAAAUCCAACAAAGACCACAAUCUCAACACUCACCACCAUCCCAAUCGACAGGAUUAUAUUUCUCCCGCUCUGCCAGGUAAAUCAGACGCAAAGACGAGAAAAAGUACAAACCAACUGCUAUCUGUAACGACAGUUUAA